GGUCCCCCUUGGUUCGUGGAUCCUCGUGCUUGACAUCUUGGUGGGAUCCCGGGACGUGGACUUUCCCCACAGACCACAUCUUCCGGGAGAGAUAAAUCAAACAAACUUUCCUCUUCCCGCUAGGAAAAACAAACAAGUUCUUUAAGGAUGCUGCUGCUCCACUGGUGUCUGCUGUGGUUCCUGUUGCCGCUCACCUCGAGGACCCAAAAGCUGCCCACCCGAGAUGAGGAACUUUUUCAGAUGCAGAUCCGGGAUAAGACAUUUUUCCAUGAUUCGUCUGUGAUUCCAGAUGGAGCUGAAAUCAGCAGUUACCUCUUUAAAGAUACACCCAGAAGGUACUUCUUCAUGGUUGAGGAGGAUAACACCCCACUGUCCGUCACUGUGACACCCUGUGAUGCACCUCUGGAGUGGAAGCUUAGCCUUCAGGAGCUGCCUGAGGAGGCGAGCACAGAUGGAUCAGGUGACCCUGAACCACUUGAUCAGCAGAAGCAGCAGAAGACUAACUUGGAGGGCACAGAACUAUUCUCCUACAAGGGCAAUGAUGUUGAGUAUUUUCUGUCUUCAAGUUCCCCAUCUGGUUUAUAUCAGCUAGAGCUACUUUCAACAGAGAAAGACACACAUUUCAAAAUAUAUGCCACCACCACUCCAGAAUCUGAUCAGCCAUACCCUGAAUUGCCAUAUGACCCCCGAGUUGAUGUGACCUCCCUGGGACGCACCACAAUCACUUUGGUCUGGAAGCCAAGCCCCACGGCCUCUUUGUUGAAACAACCCAUUGAGUACUGUGUGGUCAUCAACAAGGAACACAAUUUCAAGAGCCUCUGUGCCGUGGAAGCAAAGCUAGGUGCAGAUGAUGCCUUCAUGAUGGCACCCAAACCUGGCCUGGACUUUAGCCCUUUUGACUUUGCCCAUUUUGGAUUUCCAACAGAUAAUUUGGGUAAAGAUCGCAGCUUCCUGACAAAGCCUUCCCCCAAAGUGGGACGCUAUGGCUACUGGAGGCCGAAGGUUGAUAUUCAGAAGAUCUGCAUAGGAAAUAAAAACAUUUUCACAGUCUCUGACCUGAAGCCGGACACCCAGUACUACUUUGAUGUCUUCAUGGUCAAUACCAACAGCAACCUGAGCACAGCUUAUGUGGGUACUUUUGCCAAAACCAAGGAGGAAGCCAAACGGAAAAUAGUGGAGCUAAAAGAUGGGAGGGUCACAGACGUGUUUGUUAAAAGGAAGGGAACAAAGUUUCUGCGAUUUGCUCCAGUCUCCUCUCACCAAAAAGCCAGCUUCUUUAUUCACUCCUGUCUGGACGCUGUUCAAGUUCAAGUGAGACGAGACAGGAAGCUGAUUCUGUCCCAGAAUGUGGAAGGCGUUCGGCAGUUCCGGCUAAGAGGAAAACCCAAAGCAAAAUACCUCAUUCGUCUGAAAGGCAACAAGAAAGGAACAUCUAUGUUGAAAAUACUGGCCACCACCAAGCCCAAUAAGCAGGCUUUCCCCUCUCUUCCGGAAGACACGAGAAUCAAAGCCUUUGAUAAGCUACGCACCUGCUCUUCAGUCACCGUGGCUUGGCUAGGCACCCAAGAAAGGAGGAAGUUUUGUAUCUACAGAAAGGAAGUGGAUGGGAAUUACAGCGAAGACCGGAAGAGAAGAGAGCAAAACCGAUGCCUCGGACCAGACACCAGGGAGAAGUCAGAGAAGGUCCUCUGCAAAUAUUUCCACAGCCAAAAUCCACAGGAAGCAACCACCACAGAGACAAUUAAAGAUCUGCAGCCUGGCAAGUCUUACCUGCUGGAUGUUUAUGUUGUAGGACAUGGGGGACACUCUGUGAAAUAUCAGAGUAAAGUUGUGAAGACAAGGAAGGUCUGUUAGUUACCAUGAGUGAAGAUGUGUAGACUCCAGUAGAGACAUGGAAUCACUCUGUAAACUGACUCCUCUCACGGAGGACCAAAGUUGUGACCUGGGAUACCAACAAGUCUACGGUGAUAUCCGUGUAGGUGAUAUCUGUGUAACAUAAUCUGGAGACUCACACAACUUGUACUCAAACACACCUGUGGUACUUAGGGUCCAUCUGUCUGAUACUGGUUGAUGUCAAAGGAAGAGGAUAUCUUGACGGAUACCACCCCUUGCUUUGAGCAUUGCAUGAACUGCUUCUAAAUUAUUUUAUUACCUAAAAAUUAAAAAAAAAAAUGCCAUUUGUUGCACACAUUCACAAAUGCAAAUCAUUUCUUUCUAUAGAUGUUAUUAGGUUAAAAU